AUGGCGCCUGUUUGUCUGGCGUCCCUUUCUCUCACGCACACGACAGCGGAUUGGGCCGAAUUCAAUGCUGCGACGUCUACGAUAGACGCGUUACGUCCGUCUGUCCGAUCGCCCGGUGCGUCCCCGCGACACUCCCCCCGCGCGUCCCGCCGCACCCCCGCGCCCGCAGAGAACGCGUACGGGGAACUCAGGGCCCCCCCUCUGCCCCCGCGGAAGAGCCUCUCGCCCGCCGAACCGGCUAUCGCAGCCGCGUCCAGUGUACAAGACAUAGCUACUGCUAGCGCAUUGGAGCCCAAGAGGAGAUCGUCUUUAGAGCCAGAACCUGACGCCCGGCAUCGUUUGACUUCCAUCAUAACAGGGUCCACGGAAACAAUCACCGGUGUCAUUGACACAAGACACGAGACUCCACCUGACCCACGUGCCUUCGAGAAGCCACGAAGGGCUUGCACCCCUCAGUCUAACAGCCGACCUCUCCCGGCCCCGCCCCCCGAGAGACCCGCAGACGACCGGCCCCCCUUAACGGAACGCAACGCCCCCGACCGACCAGAAAAACAAGAGAAACCGGAUAAUCGGCAACCGGAAACCCGACAUCCGGAUCGAAUGCUAAUACCCGAAAGGGUUCCUAACGACAGACACCAAGAGCUCCCCAGGCCUCCGGAUAGAACGGAUAAACCUGACAGAAUACAAUCGCAAGAGCGCUUAGAACGAGCGCACACUUCGCUGGAGAAGCCCGGUAAUACCGAAACCAGGUAUUACGAGAGGGAGGUUAGGGCCCCUCCCAGACAGAGGUCGCUGCCAGCUAGUACGAGUGGUAGCACGGACCAGCCGCCAAAGUCGACCACGAUGCCGAAGUUCCCUUCGGAGGACGUCAAGGAUCCGCCAUACGAAAAUGUAGGCGUCGAGAAAAACGAAUUGGCCGUGGCACCAAAGAAAAUAAACCCCCUAACCCACGACAAGCACGGUCGCAAGUACGGAGACAAUGUCUCGUACGAAAACAUUAACUUGGACUACAUAGCGCGGCUGGUGGGCGAGGGUUACCCCAAAGAAAUCGUGGUCCGCGCUCUGGGCAUUACCAGAAACGACCUGGAAAUGGCCUGCGACAUCCUACACGAGUUCGGAUCUAAAGCGACCAAUAAAUGCUAGGGGUUGCGGGACUCAUUCGAAAACCGAU